CUAGACUACACGGAUUUCCUUUCCGUUUUGUUUUUCAUGUCUACCAUACAGCUCAUCGACUUUGUAACACACAAUCUCUUCCCCAUUCAAACAGAAGCAACCAUUACCUACUCGUGUGUCGUGUGUAAGAAACAAACCUCGAACUGUGCCAUUGACCAUUCGUAUCACCGCCCGGUCGAUUACAGUUUUGCAGCUGAUUCGAAAAGCAAAACGCGCUUACAGUGCAUAUCUCUCCGAGAUUUCAUAAACACCAAAUUUUCACUAGGAAGGCUACGACGGCUGAGUUGAGAGUGUGGUUCGAAGGGCAUGAACAAAGGCAUGUUUUCAACCGCUCAACGCGCAAUACGACUUACAACGGCGACGAAAACAUGUUGGGCAACACAAUGUGCGCCAACGGCGUCGGGUCAGGUUCAGCGUGUAUUGGUGGUACAACAAAAUCAUCAUCAUCAGUAUCACAGCUGUAAUACGGAGAUGACAAACAAAAAACCCGACGACCGAGGAACCGCCAGGCGUGAUUAUGCCACCACAGUCGCUUCUGGUAAUCGGUGGAAGCAGCACGCAGGAAUUCUAGGAACUACAAUCUAUCGAAGAGACAUUUGCCAGACUAAAAGAAGCAUGAGUGCGUCAGCAGCUUUACCCAAACUCGUGGCGGUGGAAGAAGCCCGCCGCUUUAUGGUGGAUUGUUUUGUCAAGUCCAAUACGCCACUCGCUCAUGCGCAACAGAUGGCCGAUCUGCUGGUGGAAGCCGAUUAUCGAGGACACUUCAGCCAUGGCAUGAAUCGGCUGGAGAUGUACAUCAACGAUCUGCACAAAAAUUGCUGUAAUGGUGCUGCUGUACCAAAGAUUCUAUGUGAAACCGGUGCGACAGCGUGGGUCGACGGGAAUAAUGGACUCGGUGCUGUGGUCGGUAAUUUUUGCAUGGACCUAGCCAUCAAGAAAGCUGGUGAUUGCGGUAUCGGAUGGGUUUGCGCGAAAAGAUCCAAUCAUUACGGUAUCGCUGGUUGGUAUGCGCUGCGCGCUAUGAAAGCAAAUUACAUAGGUAUAUCCAUGACUAACACUUCACCCCUUGCAAGUCCUACCAGAAGCAAAGAAGCUGCGCUGGGCACCAAUCCUAUCGCCGUGGGAGCUCCGGCUAAAAAUGGGGAUGGAUUUGUGUUGGACAUGGCCACUACCGCUGUGGCUGUUGGAAAGAUUGAAAUCCAACGGCGCAAAGGUGAACCAAUUCCUGUCGGUUGGGCGCAAGAUCCGACGGGCCACCCAACAACGGAUGCGAAUGUAGCUUUCGACACGGCUUGCCUAAUGCCAUUGGGUGGCACUGAACUCACUUCCGGCUACAAAGGAUACGGGCUUUCUGCGAUGGUGGAAAUGUUCUGUGGAAUUAUGGCGGGAUCAAAUUAUGCCACUAACAUUCGCAAGUGGACUCACGCAGGAUCUGACUCGGAAGCCAAUCUGGGUCAAUGCUUUGUGGCUGUAAAUCCCACCUGUUUUGCGCCAGGUUUCGAAGCCAGAUUAUCGGAUCUGAACGGUAUUUUGAGGAACAUGCCACGGACGGACGAAAGUAAACCGGUACUGGUAGCCGGUGAUCCGGAACGAAACCACAUGAAAAAGGUGGACAAGGACGGUGGACUGGCAUACCACGAAAACCAAAUCAAGACCUGCAAUCAGUUGUCGGAGCGUUUAGGAGUUCCUCCAAUCACUUUCCUUUGAAUAGCACACACUGCAUUUACGCAAAAACGUUUUUGUGUACUGUCCAUCUUGGUGAGCGUAGUUAUUUGAUAUAACCUUCACCCCGAGUUUUUAUAUCAUCAAAAUAAUGAUAAGAAUUUUGAAUAUCAAACGUAUGAACUUGCAAUUGCAAUGGAAAAAAACAUGACUUACCUGAUUUAAUGAUGUUGAUAAUAAAAGUGAGCGUAUCGAACUAUA